GUGACCUGUGACAGUCCGUACUUCCACUGCCAACGUCCUCCGCAACGUUGCUUCCAGUACAAGCUAUACAACACUGUUACAACUCAGUUUACGUGCAAUACCGAACACCUACACCAUGUUUUUGACUCCUUGCCCGUCGUUAUUCCAUACGACUAAACCAUGCCGGUUUAUUCUCCCACGUCAAAACCAAGCGGUUGUUUCUCGAAGGUCAAAGGAAGUCCCUAUAGUUCAUUAGCUCCAUAUCAGCUGACAAUGAUUGAGAAAUUGGAAUUUUAUCUCGAAGGUCUAUAUAAAAGGAUACCAAGAACCUUUUCACGCAGUUAACUGGCUCCAAUGCUGACGCCGAAAUCAUGCAUGAAGUUGUUAUUUAUCCUCCUGCUGGAAUCUGAAGCCUUGAGAGCUCAGACGAUGGCCGGAAAUACGCCUGGUGCAUCGAGAGCGAUAGAAGAUCCGGCAAGCCUUGUUUUGCCAUUCAUCGGUACCACAAACGGAGGACACGUUUUCCCUGGUGCGACGCUGCCGCAUGGAAUGGCCAAGGUUGGGAUGGACACGGACUCACCGGGAAACCACGCGGGGUACGAUGCUGAUCCCCAAUUCAACGUGACUGGAUUCUCGCAACUUCAUGAUAGCGGUACCGGUGGUGCCGUGCCACUCUCGAACUUCAAGCUGUGGGCAUUGACGACCUGUACCUCCUUCGAAAAGUGUCCGACCUCCCUUGAUUCGCGAAAGCUGGGGCGAAAAAUUCUUCCAGAUGGCACGCCAGACGACUUUGCCUCCCCCGGCUACUUUUCAACCAACCUCUCGAAUGACAUACGCGUUGAACUUACUGCAGCUCGUCGCGCCGCUCUCCAUCGAUACACGUUUCCGUCCAGCGUAACUUUACCUCGCAUGGUAGUCGACCUUACCAAUGAUGGACAACGGAGCAGUAGGGAUCAGGAAAUGAGCCUUGACCCCAAAACAGCGAGAGUACAAGGUGGUGCGACCUUCACUGCCUCGUUUGGACCUGGGUCAUAUCGGGCUUUCACAUGUGUUGAUUUCAAGGGAGAAGGAUUUGAGCUUGGGGCGCCUGUGGAGUUUGGAGUUUGGUUGGCUAAUUCCCCCGUCAAGGGGGCCACGGAUUUGAAACAGGUGUAUGCUGGUUUCAGAGACGAAGUCGGGGCACUAUUUGCGUUCAAGCGAGCAUCUGAAGGGCCUACCAGAAUUCUUGCCAGAGUUGGCGUAUCGUUCAUCUCAUCUGAACAGGCUUGCACAAAUGCAGAAGAAGACAUUCCGGAUUUCAAUUUUGACCGUGUACAUCAAGCGAAUCGAGCGGAGUGGAAUGAGCUACUUGGACGUAUACAAGUGGAUACUACGGGUGUAUCUGAAGACACCGUCAAGUUGUUCUAUUCUUCUGUCUACCGAAGUCAUAUUUCUCCAGCGGAUUACUCGGGCGAGAACCCCAAAUGGAAUUCAACAGAACCAUACUAUGAUUCGUACUACUGCAAUUGGGAUACUUAUCGCACGCUAUACCCCCUUCUGUCUCUUCAAGAUCCAGCGAACUUUGCGAGGAUCGUGAGGGCGAUGAUCGAUAUACAGAAACAUGAGGGGUGGCUUCCUGAAUGUCGAGGUGCUACAGCGCAACAUUGGAUUCAAGGAGGAAGUAACGCCGAUCCAAUUUUGGGCGAGUUCUGGGUGAAGUUUCACGAACAAGCAACGGCACUGAACGUUUCUGGCGAUGAUCUGUACAAUGCCCUACUCGCUGAUGCUGAAAGCGAACCUCCAAACUGGAACCUUCAGGGACGACAAGCGAACGCUUGGAAGACGUUUAACUACAUUCCGCACGACAUCGUUGAUUCUGGCGGUGCCAACUCGAAGCAAGUUUCUCGGACUCUCGAGCACGCUUUUGGUGACUUUGCGAUUUCGCAAGUAGCGAAAAUCCGAGGGAACGCUGAGGAUGGUGCUAAGUACGCUCAACGCGCUGGCAACUACUUCAACGUUUGGAAUCCCAACGUUAGCGUACCGGAUGCUCCUUCUGUUCGUGGGAUGAUGCAGCCACGCUCGUCGAACGGAACCUUCGACUUUACCGACCCACGACACUGUAGCAUUCACGACCCGGAAAAGGCGACUUGUUUCCUGAAUGCUGCCAAUUUAGACGGGUUCUACGAGGGGUCACCGAUUAUUUACUCUCAGUAUGUCCCCCAAGACACCGCACGUUUACUCGACCUCCAGGGUGGUGCACAGAGCUUUAUCAACCGCUUGGACUUCAUUUUCGAACAGGAGUAUUUUGAACCCACAGACGAACCAUCACAGCAGAUGCCAUUCAUGUACCAUUAUGCGAACCGACCUGGGUUGAGUACACAAAGGUCCCGGCAAGUGAUUGCGCAGAAUUUCAAUACGAGUGUGAAUGGGCUCCCGGGGAAUGAUGAUUCCGGUUCGUACAAUCUUUCAAGCACAGCUCCUAGUUUCGUUGUCCUUAUACUUCACCUACUAGGUGCGAUGGGGAGUUACGCGGCGUUCUACCUCGCUGGACUUUAUCCUCUGCCGGCUACAAGGCAAUUCCUACUAUCUUCGCCGUACUUCCCAUCCAUAUCGUUUUUCAAUCCGGUAUUCAACUCCACCACGACCAUCAAGUCAAUUGGAUUUGAGGGGAAUCCUGAAGAUGGAACUGGAGGAAAGGUGUUUGUUAAGAACGUUAGGGUUAACGGAAAGCCGUACAAGACGAAUUGUUUUUUGGACUGGGAUGUGUUUAUCGGUGGAUCGACUGUUGAGCUCACGCUCACGGACGAUAUUGGCGUUACAUGUGGUAACGGGACAGAUACGUUGCCGCCGUCGUUGUCGACUGGCGGGUACAAUUAAAAUGUAGUACGAACGUGGAAGUGCCAAUUGAAGCCGAUACCGAAUCUCGCUCGCAUUUUACGGCCAG